UGGUUGCCCCGGCAACCAAGGCCUGCUAGGUGGCGGCCUUCUCGGAGCACAGAACCCGCUGCCACACGGCCCUCCAUCAGAACAUCAGAAACUCCCAGGGCCCCCUGGGCUGGUGCAAAACUCCAUCCGUGGAAAGAAAGCCCGGGGUGAAUGCUGGCACAAUGGCAGUGCCCUGGGAGGAAUAUUUCCGACUGGCCUUGCAAGAGAAACUGCCUGCGAAGAUCCCGGAGCAAAGUGUGGACCACUUCCCGCCAGUGCUGCGUCUCCUGGAGAAGAGGCAGGAGUUGGUAGAUGCGGACCGAGGCCUGCAGGCCCAGAAGGAGGUGUUCCAGACCACGAGAGCAGCGCUGAAAGAGCGCUGGGGACAGUUGGAACAGAAGGAGCAGGAGCUAAAGGGGUCCUUUGUCCGCUUUGACAAGUUCCUGCAGGACACCGAGGCCCGGCGCAGCCGCGCCCUGCGGAGGGCGGCCCAGGAGCGGCUCCAGGCGGACCGCCGGGAGGCGGAGGCCCUACGGCUUCGGGCCCAGUUCGAGGAGCUGCAGCGGGAGCGCGCGCGGCUGCGGUGCCGGCUGGAGCGCCUGGAGCCCUGCGCGCGCCUGCUGGGGCGAGUGCUGGAGCAGCUGCCGGAGUUCCAGGAGGUCCCCGAGCUGGUGGCGCGCUUCGACGGCCUGGUCGAUAUGCAGGCGGCGCUGAGGCUCACGGAGCGCCAGCGGCUGGCCGAGCUGGAGGAGGCGCGCGCUCGGCUGCAGCGGCUGCGGGACGCGGGGCAGAGCGAGCUGCUCGGGCAGGGCCAGCGGCGAGUGCAGCUGCUGGAGCGCCUGGAGGCCGCGAGGGAGCGCACGCUGCGCUGGGAAUCCAAGUGGAUUCAGAUCCAGAACACCGGGGCAGAGAAGACCCUUCUCCUGGGACGCACUAGGAUAGCAGCGCUCAACCUGUUCCAGCUAGUGUGCCGGCACAAGACGCACCCGCCUGCCCUGGACAUCGAGGACACUGAGGGGCAGCUGGAGCAGGUGAAGCUGUUCAUUCUGGACCUCUCUGCCAUGCUGGCCAGUCUUGGGCAGGCCAAGCCCACACCUGCCUGCUAGCCCUGACCCAGGUAAGCUGGGGGACAGGGGGGCCCCCUGGAAAGGAAGUGCACACUUCCUGCGGGGUAUGUGCUGAGUGGCUCUCACUGGAAAGAUGGGACGGCCGUGCCCGCUGGGGCU